AUGGCGGAAUCUUCAAAUCUGAUGAUGAAAGCCAGAGAUCUUCUUGCCACUCCAAGCCACCAACGAUUAUCGAUCAUCAUCGACCAACUCUUUACGCAUCAAGAUUCCGACGAAUACCAAACAGCUCGUGCUCUUUACGGUUUCUGCGUCGCUAAUUUCCCAAAUUGCUUAACCCUAAUGCUUCUCAAUGUGUAUCGAUCUUCUUCUUCCGAUGAUGACCUCAUCAGAUUCCGAUCGAUCUUACUCCUCUCUGAAAGUCUUACCGAAUUAAGAAAUCAUCGCAGAUUCAUUCUCUCUCUCGUCGCUCUCAACGACAUCAAGCCGCUUCUCAUUUCUUGCCUAACAAUGCCACAAGCCACGAAAUCUGACACAGAGAUCCUCCGAAGAAUCGUUUCUUGUGUAGCUUUCAGUGUUGUGAUACUUAAUAAUGGUGGAUGGGACGAGCUUGGCGAUUGUAUACUCUCACUGACACAUACCGAUCCUCUCAGAGCUUUUAACGUCUUUCUUGAUUUGCCACAAUUCAAUGGAGGAUUCAUCAACAGAUUUCUAUGGAAUCUUGUAGAGGAAGUGUACAAGGUCUUGGCUAAUCCUGGAGAUAGAAUUGAAGAAUGGAGUUUGGGUUUAGAAACUGGUAUUAAAUUAGGGAUUCAGAAUUUGGAUCCUGAGUUGAGUUACUUGAACAGAAACAUUCUUGGAGUUGUUCUCAAGUCAGCUAAUGAGUUAGUGAAGAAGGGUAAGGAACGGUUUCUGGAACGAGGGCUUGAACGUUUGGUCAAGUUCUUGGCAAAAGACUCCAUCUUGUGUAAUUGGAGUAGCGAUCAAUGCGGUUUUGUGGCAGAGUUUGCGUCUAGGAUUGCAGGUAUCGGAACGCAUACGAAAGAAGCUGCGAGGCAGAUUUAUCAAGUGGUUAAGAAACUGGACAAGUAUGACAACAAUCCAGCCUUCAAACUGAGCCCUUCUCUCAUUGAAAUUCAAGGUGCUGACCUUGAUGUGUACAACAAUUUGAAGGUACUUCCUGCAGUGGAAAUGAUCAGACUGGUCGCAGGAAGUGAGAUGGAUGAUAAGUCCAGAGAGAUAGCAGUCAGACGAGUGCACGAUUUACUUUGUGAUCAUACUUUGGAGAAAGCGGAAAUAAAUGUUUCAGAGAUGAGACAACUCAAGCGAUUGCUCAUCUCUUGCCUUACAGAAGUAGGAGUGCCUGAAAACACGUUCAAGAUUCUCGGGCAGGUGGUUUUCCACGUUGCGAAUGAGAUGUUCGGUUACCAAGAGGAUACAUGGCCGGAACUAUGGGACUUUAUUGCAUCAGGAUGCGAAACAGAGUUCAAGAAAACUGUUUAUAUCUUCCAGUGCUUAACAAUGAUGCUUGAGGAUAAAAGAUAUGUGAUUCGUGCGAUUGAAAAACUUCUCCCAGAGAUAAGCAGAAGGUUAAACCCACCAAGAGAUUUGUUGGUUGAUAACAGUUACUGGGUCUUGGCGUUUGUGGGUGGGUUCUGUGCAGCAAUCCACUUGUUAGAUGUCGCAGAUCACGCUGAUUCCGUUGACAAGAUUGUAUGUAAAAUGAUAGAUUCAGUGAGAGAGCUUGUGGAAAGAGAAAUGGAAGUUGGGGUUGUGAGGAGAGCUUUCAGAGAUAUGGAAAUCAUUGUGAAGAAACAGUGUGACUGGUACGAUACUCGUGAGUACAGAUUCGCUAAGGCUUUGCUUUGGAAGCUCUAUGAAAUCAAAGGAAUGAAAAUGGAAAGUAGGAUUGUGUUGUGGAGAAUCAAUGUGAUUCUGGAGAAGGGAACGCAGAAUGUGCAUAAAGAGCUCCCAAAGAGUGUCAGACAGCACAACCUCAUUAGAUGA